UUGGUGACUUGACAUCAAAAUAUUGAUAAUGUCACUAAGAUAUUUACAUUUUGAAGACUGCAAUUCUGAACAUGAAUUGUAUUGAUUUUGUACUUACGGGAAUAAGAUUAUUAUUAUUAUAAGUAGGUAGCUAAGAAAACGAUCGUUUUAGAACAUUUUAAGAAAACUUAAUUGAACAAGAAGUGAAGUCUGUUAGUGAAAGGUGAAUAAAAUAAACAAUAUGUUUUGGAAAUUAAUAAUUAUAUUUUCUGUAUUUUUUGUGGAGACUCAGUUAUAUGAAGAUAAAAGAUGUCGUUGCGUUUGUCCUACUCCAACUUCAAUACUGAAUAGUACAAAAUCGGAAAGAACUCUUUAUAUUGCCUAUGUACCACCAAAUAAAUGUAACUGUGAUGGAGUAAUUCUGCCAAAGGCAGCUGAUGAAAUACGAGAAAAUGCCCAGAUGUUUUGUCCACGAUGUGAUUGUAGGUAUGAGACUAGAAAUACAACCAUAAUUAUGGUUGUAGUGAUACUUGUUGUGUGGAUGGUGAUGUUGCUACUAGGGUACUACAUAUUUUUAAUGCUGCUUGAAAUGCUUGUAUCAAAAAAAUCCACUAACUCAUAUCAAAUACAAAGUGCAUCUGAUGAAUUUGAAAAUUUACUGAUGCAGAGUGAGGAAACAGAAGACUAAGGUGCAAAAUAACAACAAACUUAUUUUCAUGAACAGUGUAUAAUCGAAAAACAUUUUUACAGUAAAUUAUUUAUGAAUGUGCAUAUAUUGUUAUAUUUUGUUGGAUAAUAAUCAAAUAAAUUCAUAUAAUAA